AUGAACUGGGACCCGGCUACUGGUCAGAUUAUAUUCACUCUUGAGGGACAUAGUCGUGAAGUUUUCUCUGUGGCCUGGUCACCAGAUGGAAGCCGACUCGCAUUAGCUUCCUUCGAUAUAACCAUCAGGAUCUGGGAUGCGGACACUGGCCACAGCGUGUUAACCCUCCAUUCUGGUUUCGUCGCUGAUUCUAACCAUCUGCAUACGAGACUUGGUAUAUUUUAUUUGUGUUCAAAUGAUUGUAAUACAUCUCUGCCUCAUGGGUAUGACUUAAGCAAAGAUAAAAUCUGGGUUACCUACGACGUAUUUAAUCUGCUAUGGUUAUCUGUGGAGUUAAGACCGAUCAUCUGCUCUCAAAUUGCCAUCACAGGCACACGGUUGGCGAUUGGAUGCUCAUCAGAUCGUGUUAUCCUCCUCACUCUGACUAGUGAGGCCGGAAAACUGGCCGUGGUUUAA